CUUAACGCAUGACCAACACUUUAUCGUUCAUCAAGAAUAAUCUUCUCGGAUGAUAACUUCCUGGAAAUCGGCCAUCAAGAUCAGAAUCAAUCACCGGCGAGAAUGAGUCUCUGAUGAAGGUCUCCCCCAUUUCAUCAAUCAGCUGCUCACCCAUCCCAGUCAUGGAUGUAUCAUGAAGUAUACGAGGAGUAGGAACGGGGGUACCUUUUGCAUUGGAGAGCUUUGAGCUGCGCAUGUUAAGCUCCAUAGAUGGCGUUGCGGGUGUUCGGUCUGGAUUUUGAAGGAAGGGAACUGUGGGAAAAAUAGUCACUUCAAAUUUAGUCCGUCAUGUUUUUGUCUAAGUGAUUUAGUGCAAGAAUGUAACAUUCUCCUUUCUUUGCGUAGAAUGCCUGCGUUCUUGCGUAAAAUGGUGUUUGGCUGUUGUGUUCCAUUUUUCGGGUCACGAUCUCCGAAUAAAAAAAACAUUUCAAUGUUUCGUGCCCCUCGAAACCCCCAUUUAUUUCUCAAGUGGAAACAGGCAAUCCCUGAAAUUGAAGAACUGAAACCAGAAGAUCGAAUGUGUCAGCUUCAUUUCGAAGGCAAAUAUAUCACCUGCCACAAGAAAAUCAUUGUGCAGGGCUGUGUUGAAAAUAUACAACUACCAAGAAAGCAAUUAAAGGAAGGGGCAGUUCCAUCAGUGUGGCCACGUAAGUAUAAACAUCCACUUUUCAAAGUAAAUCCUACACUGCCUUUAGACGAGCCACAAAAGGAAAGGCAACAAAAAGCUGUUGCAUAUGAAAGGCAUACAAAGAAGAGUGCAAGUUCAAUCAUCAACUCUCCAACUCAAAGUUCUAGACCAUUAGAUGUAGAGGCUUUUCUUGAAAAUGAGAAUCAUGCUCCUCAACUGCCUAAAAAUACUAUUUUACUUCCAAGUGGAUGGAAUGAGUCACACACCCAAUUCAGUGUGCAGAAUCUGUACAGCAUUUUGUGAAAAUUAUUUAAACAUCUACUAAGCCCUUUUCAGUGCCAAAACCAUUUAUGGGGGCCACAGUAGAUUUCAAUUUAAAAAAGAUUGAUCUCUACGUUAGGGAUCAUUACAUCAGCGAAGUUUUCGUAACAUUGGCCGACGUAUAUUCCCGCCUUUGCUUGUUCGACCAAAUGAAACUAUGUCCAGGGAUUGAAUCAAAAGGAGACCUUCUUCGCCUGGAAAACAUUAUUGUACCAUCCGGUAAGUUUUCUGAAGGACUACGCACCAAGAAGGAUCAAAACGAUGGAGGCAAAAAGAUGGUGGUGUACUUCAUGGAUGUAUCCAGAUAGCCCAAAGAGCUUUUAUCUCACGCCGUCUAAUACAAAGAGGCGGUGCCAUAUUUGAAAAGCAAGAAAAUGCGCGCGAAUGUGUGAUAGCUAUCAUUUCGCAUUUCCUCCAAAGUUCAGAUUUCUACAGGAAAUUGGUUAACUGGUUAACGUUUAAAUUUAUGCAGUUAUGAUUUAAUAUUUGUUUUCUUAUUAAAUUCCUCGAGAUUUUACGUUUACAUAACUAAAGCUAAAUGAGAAUGGAAUUUCGUCAUAACUUCAAAAACCAUCAUUACACCCCUAAUGAAAAAAAUUCCUAUCAUUCAUUCUAUGGACGAAAAUUUCAUCCAUGCCAAUAUUCCUGAGCAAAACGAUAGCGGCGACAAAAAUACCGUCGUUUGUUAGCAAUUCGUAACAACAAGAAGACGAAUGAAUAUUUAAUCAUUGUACUGAGGGGGGCUAAAAAAUUACAAUUAUAAUUGAA